AUGGAGAUGGCGGCGUCGACUGGCGACGGGCCGACGGUCGGCAUCGACCCGGGGACCACGUACUCAUGUGUGGCCGUGUGGCGGCAUGACCACGGCGAGGUCAUCGCCAACGACCAGGGCAACCUCCUCACGCCGUCCUGCGUUGCGUUCACCGACAUCGGGAGGCUCGUCGAUGACGCGGCCGUGAACCAGGCUGCUCUGAACCCUGACAACACCAUCCAUGCUGAGAAACUCUAA